UCAGUGUUCACCUAUUAGGACAGAAAUGGUCUCAACUGAGGGCAAUGCUCAGACAUACAAGAUGACCUCUUUGGACAACGACAUCAACCAACACUUCCAGGAUGCGAUUGAUGUGAUUCAACAGCAUUCAAGUAAUUCAUAUUACGAUUCAGAGUACACAUAUUAUGAAACUCUGGGUAGCCAGCAGCAAUCGUCAUUGCAUUGUCAGAUCUCCUGCUGCCUCGUCACACACCCGUCUGAUGUGCCAGCUCCAGCAUGUGACUGGAAUGACACGGCCCACCAUUCUUGGCCUCAGGUCAUCCCUGAUGCCUCCUUGUGUCACUCUGUGCAAAAUGAGUCACCUCAUUUCUACUCAGUCUUACCUCCACAGAGGAGCAGCAAAGGUCGCAAGAAGCUCAGACUUUAUGAGUACCUCCAUGAGGCUCUGAAUGACCCCAACAUGGGCGACUCAAUCCAGUGGACAGACAACGGCAGUGGCACCUUCCACUUCAUCUCCAAGAACAAGGAGAAGCUGGCCGAGUGCUGGGGCCAACGGAAGGGCAACCGCAAGACCAUGACCUAUCAGAAGAUGGCAAGAGCUCUGAGAAACUACAGCCGCACCGGUGAGAUCAUGAAAGUGCGUCGUAAACUCACUUACCAGUUCAACCCGGACAUCCUGCACAGGCUCGGCUCUGCACAUGUGUCCAUGCAGCCGCACUGCCGCCCUGCACAGGAGGAGGACCACACCCGGCAGCAGAGCCCGGCUGAGCAGAGCUACUGCGGCGGCUCUUCAGCGGCGGACUGGCACAGCUGGUACGGACAAUACCAGCUGCAGGAAGACUAUGACCUGGCCUCCAGCUUCACUUCACACAGCACACCCAAACUCUGAGCUGGAGGACAGUUUUAAACACAGAGAGGGGGAAAAUCCCUUAAAAAUUUGAAAAGGUUUACAGGGACUUCAAUUAUUUGACUCUCAAACCUUCUGGGGCCACAUUCAGUCCCUGCAUGUUAUCACAAGUGGGACUAUUACUAUCACUCUUUUCAGUUAAAGGUGUCUAAAUAACUUUUAUUUAGAGUGUUCAUUUGUAAAUUCUCUUUUUUUGUUGU